AUUAUAAUCUACUGUUAAUAAUUAACCAGGCAACAUACUUCAACAAAUAUGUCACACCAUACAGGAAGCACUUGCCUUAUUCACGUUUUUAAGCACUGUGACCUUGUCUUUUGUUCUUGCAGAUACCAGCAAAAAUGUGAUUAACUGGAGGUUCAGGAAAAAGAUUUAUACUCAAAAAUCAAUAAUGUGGAGAAAGAGAAGAAAGACAUUGUUAUCUACCUAAAAAGCACACUGGCUCAAAAAGAAGUUGAACUAAUUAAUCUGGCUGAGAUGUUAUCAAGACACCAGCAAGCUCAAGAGGCUGAGAGAGAGUUCUUUGAGUUACAACUGAGCCUGCUUAGACAUGAGCUUCAAGAAAAUAAGGAAAAAUUCACUCUGAGAACAUGGCGCUUGCUGGUAAACUGGCAUCUUUGGAGGAAUUCUCCAUGCAGAGAGAGAAGCUUAUGGCUGAACGCAGGUGUUUGGAAGAGCAGCUUCAGAAGCAAAAAGAAGAACAUCAAGCACAAAUCUAUAAUCUGGAGAAAAAAGCUGUACUGGACAAUGACAGGCUAAAGAAAGACAUGCUGCAACAUGUUGCUGCUGUAGCAGCUGAAUUUCAGCAGGUUUCAGAUCAGAAGAUGCCCGAGACAACAAAGAGGGCCAUGCAAGAAAACCUCUCAGACAAGACCAAGGAGCUGCUGAAGGAGAAUAAUGAUCUGCGAGCAAGAGAAAAGCAGCUCAAAAUAGAGAAUGCCAUCACUGAACUGCUGCUACAUGAGAUAACCAAGAAGAAUGUUGCUAAUCAAAAGGUAGCCCAUCAGUUGACAGAAAAGUCCAAGCAAAUGCAGUCUGAUGUGGAAAAGUGUGCCAAACUUAAAGUGGAGCAACAAGAGCUGCUAGACAGUCACUCUGCAAUAUGUACAGAGCUUGAUGCUCUCAGGUUGGACUCCUGAAGUUACUUGUAAGUAAAAUAAUUUACAUUAAAUACUUUCUUCAGUGUGUUACCACUACUUACUGAAAGAAACAUGCAACAGUAAUAGAAGUGCUAAACCAAACAAAAGCUGAAGCCAAGAGACAGAGGAAAGAGCUUGAAGAGGAACGGAUGUUAAGAAAACAGCUCAAAACAGUUCUUGAGGAAGCAGCAGUAGCUUUAAAAGAGACCCUAAGGGUAAGAGUGAACAUAAACAGGUCAAUUAUCAUUUGGUGUUACAGCAAAGUAAAUAAGCAGUAGUUACAGGAGGUCCCUAAAGAGGAAGACUCAGAACUGAAGAUUGCUGUCAGAUGAAAUCAGAUGAUGCAGAAGCUGCAGGCUGUGCUGGACAGUGCUGCAGCUUUAGGAAAUGGUCCAGCUCUUACUGACUUCAUUCCAGAGGCGACUUGCAGUCAUGAUUUCAAGAAAGCCUCUGACAUCGAAAGGUACACAUUCAUUUAUUUUAAUUCAGUGUCAUGGAUUAAAAUGGACAUGUGACAUAUUGCAGCUCUAAGACAUGCUAAUCAUACAAUAAUUUUGGCAAUGUGAUUCAGUGACUCUCAUGCUUGCUUUUAACUCCAGACCAAGUGAACUCCUGCAGAAAUCUACUUCAUAUCUGUCUCACUUCAAAACUGGAGAUCUGGGAUUGGUCCCUCGCAAAACACACACUAGAUCAUCAAAGACAGGAAAUCUCUCUAGGAGUGCUUAUACCUAUGUAAAUAAGUAAGUACAUAGGUUAUGGCACAUCAACAGCACACAGAGCAUGUGAUCAUUGAUAUAACAUGAAAUCUUUGAUUGUUUUCUUGUCUUCUAGGAAACAAGCAAGUGAUAAAUAACAUUUUCAUUGUCAUACUUGAUCACAAGUGUUGUGGGAGGUAGGCUAUUUUUAAAUAAGGUAUUGUUGAAGUAGGCCUACAUGUCAUUCCAAAUUUCAUUGUGCUAGUUUCAUGUAUUGUCACUAGGUGGCAGUGUUGUAUCAUUAUGGAGAGAUUCGUGAACGUGGCCUGAAAUAGA